UUCACCGGGUCGUAUGAAUCGUCUCACUUUAGCUGAAAUUUCAGUCUUUCAUACGGAGCAAUUAAAAUUAAUCGUCCUUAAUUACUAUAAGUUGACAUUUGAUAAAGGGACGAAUUAAAGUAACUUUGGUCCAAGGUGGAAACUCCAAUCUAUUUAUCUUUGAAUUGUUAUCAUCAUCACUUAUCAUCAUCGCAGUAGUAGUGAUCAGUAACUGGGCAGGAUAUUACCUCAUUAAUCAUCAACAAUUUGAUGAUUCAAGAAGUAUUACGAGCUGAGGAUGAGUACAAUGGGAACAUUACGCUGUAAACGUUGAUUACGAACACGAGUGGAUUAUUUUCUAAGUAAGGAUGGACGGUUUAGUAUUCUCGAUAAGGAAGAAGGAUACGAAACUGAUUGCAAAGUGACCAAAUGAGUGGUGGUUAGGACGUAUGGGGGAGAGCCCUGUGUGUGGGGUGACUAGUAAAAAAUAUGGGGGUCAGAUUCCCAUCCGUCGUGGUUAUCUUGGUGGGAGGGAUGUUUUUUCUUCUCUAUCUUCUCCCCUGGCAGAGCUUGCCCAGCGUCCCUUUUCCCUCCCCCUCGUCUUUUCCACGCAGUAGAGUUGUCGUCAAUAGUAAUGUGUCGUUAAUGACAUUGGAGUAUCCCCUCCUUGACGUUGACCCACUUGCUGAGUCUCCUCCCCUACAACAGUAUCAACCUCAUGGCCUUGUGACUUACCGGGCCAUGGUGGAGUCGGGUGUAACCUUCAACGUUACCGGGUCCGACGUUCUUGUCAUUCUUCACAUACAAAAAACGGGGGGAACAUCCUUCGAAAAACAUAUUGUUCAAGAUCUCGUGAUAGAUAAGCCUUGUGUUUGCUGGAAAAAGAGGAAACGGUGUAAAUGCCCGAGACCCCCGAGUAGAGACCAAAGUAAACCAGAAGAGCAGCGAUCUGCAGAUUCCUGGCUCUUCAGUCGAUUCUCCACAGGCUGGAUCUGUGGACUUCACGCAGAUUGGACGGAAUUGACGGCAUGCGUUGACAGUGAAUUGGACAGGGCGUAUGGGACACCAGUUCAAAGACGGUAUUUUUACGUGACAAUGAUUCGCGAUCCGAUUCAUCGCUUUCUCUCCGAAUUUCGUCACGUCCAACGAGGUGCGACAUGGAAAGCGUCAAGACAUAUUUGUAAUGGACGCUAUGCAAGUCCAGAGGAAUUAGGAAAAUGUUAUUCUGGGCGGAGUUGGGCUGAAGUUAGCCUUAGCGACUUUGUCAAUUGUUCCCAUAACCUUGCCUUCAAUAGGCAAACGCGAAUGUUAGCCAAUCUUUCCAUGAUUGGAUGCUAUAACAAGAGUUACAUGAGUCCUCAACAACGUGAUAAAAUGAUGCUAGCUUCUGCUAAACAAAAUUUGGCGUCAAUGGCUUUUGUCGGCUUAACUGAAAACCAAAAGAUAUCGCAAUACAUAUUUGAAGAGACAUUCAAACUACGAUUUAAGAUUCCAUUUACUCAGAAUGAAGACACAUAUUCUAAAUCAACGUUAGAUAAGACGACUCCUAGUGAAUUGAAGGCCGUGCGUCAAGCAAACGCGUUGGAUUUGGAGCUAUAUGCUUUUGCGGAACAACUCCUCCACAAUAGAUUUAACGAGCUGAAAGUUCGAGACCCUUACUUUCGAGAACAUUACAAUUCUCUGGGAGAACAGAAUGGGUACCACUUUUCUUGGGAUGACAUUGAAAACGAAGACUAGACGAAAUCGCCUCAGUAACUAACAAUGUAGUAGUAUUAUACAUCCUCUCUUUUUGAUCUGUAUGCCAGAGUAUUAUUAUUAAUUGCGUUGUUUGACUUAUAGACUUAUCAUAUACUUAUAUAUUUAUGUGAAAUCGCAGCUAUCACAUUAUCGUCCACAAGAAACAUGAACACUUUAUCAUUUGUAUUGUCGCAUCUUUUUCUAUGUAACAACUUUUAGUUAAGUCAGUUCUUUCUACUUAAUGUUAUCUUUUCUUAUCUAAAAUUAUGCACGACCACGAGCACUCGCUCGCUCGACAUAUCACGGAAACUGAAUACCGUUUUUUUGACCUUACUACUACGAGAAUACUUUAUAUGUACUCCGCGCGCAUUAGUUAUAAUUUUCUAACUCCCGUCUAAUUAACUCACGCAUUUCUAGAACUGACUCGCACCUCGUUGUGUUUAAAUUUAUCCACUCUCUAUCACAGUAAAAAAUCUUGUAAAACUAUCCUCGUAGGAGUAGAAUGAAAUGAUGGACGAAGGAGCAAUAGGCAUCGUUUACUACUUUCUCUCGCAUGCAGCAUGUCAACCUUAAAUUAGGGUAAAUUCAAUGUAACUAACUAACUAAAUAGUUCCAUACCUCUGUCGCAUCCUGGUUGAAACAAAAGAAUAAGAUACAUAUCGUCUCCUUAAAUGUUGUUGAAGACUGGGUAUUCGAAUUGAAUUGUAUUAACCAAUAAAGUUAUCGUAGUGGUGGGAGAGAACUUUAGAAUGGUAGUCGUAGACCCCUCCUUCCCCUAAUUCUCGGUAUAAAGGUAUAAAAACAUGUACAACUGGCAAUCAUUAAAAAAAGUUUACAAGUUUUAAUAAAUUGUUAUUAACCCGCAGAUUGUGCCUUGCGGUUUCUUACAAUUAGUUGUAUUAGAAAGAGAGAGAGUGAGAUUUCGUAUUAAAUUCACGUGAUCUUUUAUUUCAAUACUUUAUGAAGUUAAUACAUAAAAAACGUGAUGUGAACAACAAUACUUAUUAUGAUGACGACACAUUGUUUAUUUCAAUAAAGGUUUGGUUAUAAAAA